UUUUUUUUUUGUUACAAAAAUAUUUAUAUAUUUCACAAUCCCAUAUCAUAUAAAAAAGCUCCUGUAUGUCGGAAGUGUUGCUUGGAUUCUUUUGGGGAGCAUGCAGUACAUUGCAAAGAAUUACCGGGCUUUAAGUAUCGACAUGAUUUAGUUCGAGAUGUGCUGUAUGAUGUCCUUAAGCGAGCAGGUAUCUCGGCAAAAAAGGAAGCUCCGGUGAACUUCUUGACUGAUCCAUUAGAAGGGAGAUCUACGCUACGGCCCGCGGACAUUCUUGUUUUUGGAUGGGAAGGAGGGAAACACGCGUGUGUCGAUUUGACAGGUGUGUCCCCCCUCGUUGGGUUAAGGGACCACGGGUUUGUGGCGGGACAUGCGAUUACCAAGGCAGAGGCGGGCAAAGUAGCUAAACACGAAAAAGCUUGCAUCGAGAAUCAGCACGUGUUCGUCCCGUUCGCUUUCGAUACAUUUGGCGCUCUCGCCCCUGACGCGGUGCGGUUCCUUAAGCGGGUUCAACAGGUGGUAAGCAGUAACACCGCACAUGUUAAGGGGCAGAAUUUUGUGUUUAGCAGGGUAGGGUUUGCUAUUCAGAAAGGGGUAGCGGCGCAGCUUGUUGCUCGUCUACCUACCAUUAGUUUGUAAUCGUAUUGAGAAAUAAACAUUGAAUUUGAAAACUGUUGAGUACUUAAUAACCCAUGUUUUGAAAACUUUACAUUCAAAUUGAUGGCCCUCUUCUUGUCUUCAAUACAUUAGUUAGACAUCAAUGCUCAUUAAUUUACAUCGUACAUAUUACAUCCUACACCUACUUUUCAUAUAUUAAUGUAGAAAUUGAAUAAAUUUAAGACUCACUCUUAGAACAGAUCUUUUUGAUUUUUUUUUAUGGAUCUAUGAUGUUAAUAGCCACACUUGAAGGAUAAGCAUAUCCUUUUUCUCAUAGUUUUAAGUUAUAAAUAGCAGUAGAUACCACCACCUCACUUCAAAUCCAACCCAAAAAUCUUAAGAAGAUGAAGCCAAAGAAUGUUUUCCUGAUGACAGUAAUGGCGAUAAUGUGUUACCGUUACUGUUACGUGGCUGCAGACCCUCGGAAGACGUAUAUCGUUCACAUGGACAAGUCCCUCAUGCCAAUGGCAUAUUCUCACCACCUACACUGGUAUGAUGCCACAAUGAGAGGAUCUGUGUCCAAGCCCACUGAUAUGCUGUAUGCUUACGACAAGGUUAUGCAUGGCUUCACUACCAGGCUCACUGUUGAUGAAGCAAAGCUACUUAAACGGAAACAUGGGGUUGUGUCUAUCCAAGAAGAGCCGAUAUACGAGCUUCAAACCACACGGUCACCUGAGUUUCUUGGACUAGAUGAUUCAAGUGAUGUAAUGCUUUCCGUGGCCAAGUCAGAAGUUGAUGUAAUCGUCGGAGUGUUGGACACUGGUGUGUGGCCCGGAAGUAAGAGUCUAGAUGAUACGGGGUUUGGCCCUAUUCCUAGUAGGUGGAAAGGUAUUUGCCAGAACGGUACAGGCUUCAACGAAUCUAGUUGUAACAAAAAACUAAUCGGUGCGAGAUAUUUCUUGAGAGGAUAUGAAGCGUCGCUCAACGGAACAUUUAACGAGAAUGUUGAUUCGAGGUCUCCAGUAGACGAAAAUGGGCAUGGAACACACUGUGCGACUAUAGCAGUUGGUUCAGCAGUCACUGGCGCUAGUCUCUUUGGUUAUGCCAAAGGAACCGCACGAGGAAUGGCUCCUCAUGCUAGGCUGGCUGUUUACAAAGCAUGCUGGCGGAGAGGAUGCUUUGGCAGUGACGUACUAGCUACAGUUGAGGCGGCAAUCUCUGAUGGUGUCGAUAUAUUAUCAAUGUCAUUCGGCUGCCCAUUAGACAAUUAUUUCUUAAAACCCAUUGCUUACAUGACAUUUAGGGCAGUAUCCCAUGGAAUAUUCGUAUCAAUCGCUGCAGGCAAUGACGGACCAGCUUCUCAGACCGUAAUGAACAACGCCCCAUGGGUAAUUACAGUUGGAGCAUCGAGUCUGGACCGUGAUUUUCCUGCCUAUGUUACCCUUGGCAAUGGAAAGAAUUUCUCAGGAGUUUCAAUGUACACUAGUGAGGAACCAUUACCAGGUUCCAUGGUGCCACUUGUUUUCGCUGGUCACGUUAGUAACAUAUCAUAUAGUAAUCUAUGUUUUCCAGGUUCUUUGCCACAAGGAAGUGUUACCGGAAAAAUUGUCAUGUGUGAGAUGGGAUGGUUUUCAGAAGUGAAACAGGGUAUGGUGGUAAAGGAAGCUGGUGGGGUAGGAAUGAUCCUAGCUAACACUGUUUACCGCUUGAAAGAGCUCGAAGUUGACCUCCACCUCAUACCAACCAUAGUGGUAAACAAGAGAGCUCGCGAUGAAAUCAAGAGCUAUAUAGUCUCAAAUCAUAAUUCAGAGGCUACAAUUUCAUUUGAAGGAACCAAAUUAGGCGUCCAACCAUCCCCAAUAGUUGCAGCAUUCAGUGGCAGGGGUCCGAAUCCGAAUGCACAACAUCUACUCAAACCUGACAUCAUAGCACCUGGAGUGAAUAUUCUAGCUGGUUGGAGUGGUAAAGCAAGUCCCUCAGGAUUAGAAAAUGAUACUCGACGUGUGGAAUUUAAUAUUAAGUGGGGAACAUCGAUGGCCUGCCCACACGUGAGUGGGAUAGCAGUAUUACUAAAAAUAGCGCACCCGGAAUGGAGUCCAGCAGCUAUUAAAUCUGCACUUAUGACCACUGCAUAUAACACAUACAAAAAUAGUAAAGAGCUGUUGGAUGUUGUAACGGGUGAGCCAGCAACACCCUUUGAUCUAGGUGCAGGACAUGUUAACCCGAUUUCCGCCCUUAAUCCUGGUCUUGUUUAUAAUGCCUCGACGGACGACUACCUGAGCUUCCUUUGUGCUUUGAACCUCAAUGCUACUGCUAUUAGGAAGUAUGAUGAAAGCUUCAAAUGUGUCAAAGGCAGGAACUACAGGGCAGAAGAUCUUAAUUACCCCUCUUUUAUGGUUCCUUUGUCGGCAACUUCAGGACAAACCGUCGUUAAUUACACGAGGACUCUGACGAAUGUGAAUGAAGGUGCUCCAACAACUUACAAGGUUUCGACAUCAUCAAAGACGCGUGCGGUGAAGAUCAAAGUUGAGCCAGAAGAGCUCACUUUCAUCAAGAAAAAUGAAAAGAAGGUGUAUACUGUGACAUUCACCGCUAUGUCUAGGCCUCCAAACACCACCCGCUUUGGUCGUCUAGCAUGGUCCGGUGGAAAUUACACUGUUAAUAGUCCAAUUGCUUUUAUCUGGAAGUGAGUUGCAGAGAUAUGGUACUGUUGAUCUCUGCUUGAGGCACUUCUAUUAUGUUUGGUGUUCAAAAUGUGCGUUUGAAUAAAUGAAAUUUUAUAUAUUAAGUAGUAAAAGGUUUUGUAUCAUUAAAAAAACUUGUGUAUUCGGUUGAAUAAAACCUUGUCUUUUAGAUCAAA